ACACCCUAUUCUAGGUGACUAGGAGCCUGCACAGUCUGCCUGGGGGAGCCCAAGGCUCCUCUGCCCACGCUGGCUCCCAGAGCCCUCUGAAACAAAAGAAGAGAGAGGCACUCUGCAUCCACCAGCCAGACACCUCCUUCUCAUCGCCAGCCCCUGCUCCUGCCCCAGGAGGGACUGAAAGAAGAGGCCAGAGAAACAGCGCUCCUUCUCUCCCUCAUCCCUCCAUCCACCCAGCACCAGCAUCUGGAGACCCCAUGGCACCGGCUCACUGGGGCUGCUGCCCCUGGCUGGUCCUCCUCUGUGUUUGUGCCUGGGGCCACCCAAAACCAGUGAACCUUGGAAAAGAAGAUGUGAGAAACUGUUCCACCAACCCCCCGUACCUUCCAGUUACUGUGGUCAAUACCACAGCGCGGCUCAAAGCUCUACGCCAGCAGAUGCAGACUCAGAAUCUUUCCGCCUACAUCAUCCCUGACACGGACGCCCACAUGAGCGAGUACGUCGGCAAAUAUGACGAGAGGCGUGCGUGGAUUACAGGCUUUACAGGGUCUGCAGGAACUGCAGUGGUGACCAUGGGGAAAGCAGCUGUCUGGACUGACAGUCGCUACUGGACUCAGGCUGAGCGGCAAAUGGACUGCAACUGGGCACUCCAUAAGGAAGUUGGCACUGUUCCCAUUGUCACCUGGCUCCUUGCCGAGAUUCCUGCUGGAGGGUUUGUGGGCUUUGACCCCUUCCUCUUCUCCAUCGACACCUGGGAUAGCUAUGAGGUGGCUCUCGAAGGCUCUAACAGAGUGCUGGUGUCCAUCACAACCAACCUUGUGGACCUGGUGUGGGGAUCAGAGAGGCCACCACUUCCAAGCCAACCCAUUUAUGCCCUGCAGGAGGCAUUCAUAGGGAGCACUUGGCAGGAGAAAGUGUCUGACAUUCGAAGCCAGAUGCAGAAGCAUCAAGAAGCCCCGACUGCUGUCCUUUUGUCAGCGCUUGAUGAGACAGCCUGGCUCUUCAACCUUCGCAGUUAUGACAUUCCCUACAACCCCUUCUUCCGUUCCUACGUGUUGCUCACAGACUCCUCCAUCAGGUUAUUUACAAACAAGAGUCGCUUUAGUGCUGAGACCCUGAGGUACCUGAAUUCCAGUUGCACAGGCCCCAUGUGUGUGCAGCUCGAGGAUUACGGCCAAGUUCGUGACAGCAUCCAGGCCUACGCCGCAGGAGACGUGAGGAUCUGGAUCGGGACCAGAUACACCACGUAUGGACUCUAUGAAGUGAUACCUGAGGAGAAACUUGUGGCAGACUACUACUCCCCAGUAAUGAUGACCAAGGCGGUAAAGAACAGCAAGGAGCAGGCCCUCCUCAAGGCUAGCCACGUGCGGGACGCUGUGGCUGUCAUCCGGUACUUGGUCUGGCUGGAGAAGAACGUGCCCAAAGGCACAGUGAAUGAGUUCUCGGGGGCAGAGCGCGUGGACCAGCUCCGAGGAGAAGAACAGUUCUCCUCUGGACCCAGUUUCCAAACCAUCUCUGCCAGUGGCCUGAAUGCUGCCCUGGCCCACUACAGCCCAACCAAGGAGCUGAACCGCAAGCUAUCCUCAGAUGAAAUAUACCUGCUGGAUUCUGGGGGCCAAUACUGGGAUGGGACCACAGACAUCACCAGAACAGUCCACUGGGGCACCCCCUCUGCUUUCCAGAAGGAGGCAUAUACUCGCGUGCUGAUGGGAAAUAUCGACCUGUCCAGACUCGUCUUUCCUGCUACUACAUCAGGGGGAAUGGUGGAGGCCUUUGCUCGCAGAGCCCUGUGGGACGUUGGGCUCAAUUAUGGUCACGGGACAGGCCACGGCAUUGGCAACUUCCUGUGUGUCCAUGAGUUGCCAGUGGGAUUCCACUACAACAGCAUUGGCAUAACCAAGGGCAUGUUCACUUCCAUUGAGCCUGGUUAUUAUGAGGAUGGAGAAUUUGGGAUCCGUCUAGAAGAUGUGGCCCUCGUGGUAGAUGCAAAGACCAAGUACCCAGGGAACUACCUGACCUUUGAAGUGGUAUCCUUGGUGCCCUAUGACCGGAACCUCAUCGAUGUCAACCUGCUGUCCCCUGAGCAGCUUCAACACCUGAAUCGCUACUACCAGACCAUCCGCGAGAAGAUAGGCCCAGAGCUGCAGCGGCGCCAACUGCCAGAGGAGUUCGCGUGGCUGCAAAAGCACACAGAGCCCCUGUCCGCCAGGGCCCCAGGCACUGCCUCCUGCACCUCUGUGAUGGCAGCCUCCAUUCUUGCCAUCCUCAGCUGGAGGGCCUAGAGGCUUCCAACUCCCCUGCUCACUUUCCACCUAGAUGUGGGGCUUACUUGCUGCCCUCACCCUACACCACACACGCCCCAAGAGCCCCUGCCAGCCUGUCACCUGGAAACCAUUGUCCUCAGCCUCCUUCUCCUGGACC